AUGGAAACCUUAUUCGUAGUUCAAGCGGAUAACUUACAUCUUCUUCAGAAAGCAGCUGCAAACUUCAAGAAGUGUCCCAAGGCGAGACUUAACAAGUCAUACUUGCAAGUCAGACUACAGAAUUUAGACAAACUUUGGGAAGUUUUUCAAAACACACACCGAGAGAUAGUGAAGAUAGCGACAGCAGAACAACGAAAUAGGCACGAAUAUUUUACACAAGAGAUAUACGACAAUGGAGAAGAGUUGUAUAUAGACACCAAAGCAGAGAUACUUGCGAAAUUAGAAGACGAGCAAACGAGUCAUACACAAGGAACGGAGAAGCAAUCCAUCAGACCACAGAGCCAGGAAGUGAAGCUACCUAAGAUUAAUAUACCACAGUUCAAUGGAAAUUACAAUGAUUGGGGGACUUUCAAGGAUCUCUAUACAUCUCUCAUUCAUAAUCAGAGUUCAUUGAGCCCAGUGCAGAAAUUGCACUAUUUGAAGAGUAGUCUUAGUGGUGAAGCUGAACAACUGCUAAAGCACAUUCAAAUUACUGAGAAAAAUUACGAAGUAGCAUGGAAUACCUUACACAACAGAUACAAUAACAAGAGGAUUAUGGUUAACUCAAUCUUGAACAGAUUUUUGGGUCAAAAGAAACUGAGUGUUGAAUCUGCCAAAGGUGUCAAAGAAUUGCUGGAUAUUUCUACAGAAUGUCUAAACAGCUUGAAGAACAAUGACAUUAAUAUCGAAAACUGGGAUCCAAUCAUAAUACAUCUAUUGGUGAGCAAGUUAGAUACUGAGUCACACAAGCAUUGGGAAGAGGAUCUGAAGACAUUAUCUGUGGAAGACUUGCCGACAUUGGAACAAUUCAGCAAAUUUUUGGAGGGAAGAUUUAGAGUUUUGGAGAUGGUUCAAACUGCGCACCCAAAAGAGAAGCCUCAAGUUAGAGCCAAGACAUUCCAUGCAACUGCUACGCCUAGCAGUACCACAGACUCCAAUCAACAAUGUGGUUUCUGUAACGAGGAUCAUUUCAUCUACAACUGCAAGGAGUUUGCUAAAUUGGAUCCCGAGCAACGAUCCAAGGAGGUUCAAACAAGGAGUCUUUGCUUCAACUGUCUACGGCCUGGACAUAGCGUGAGAUUUUGCAAGCGUAAUACUUCAUGCCUGCGUUGUAAGAGAAAGCAUCACACACUUUUGCAUGUUACUAAAACUAACACUGUAUCACUCGAAGAGAAACCAGAGCAAGAAAACAAAGAGCAAGCUACACCAACAAUCAACAUAGUAUCUCACUGUGCCUCUCAGAGACGGGUUACUCUUUUAGCUACAGCACUAGUGAAUAUUAUGACAAACAGAGGAGCACAAGUAGUUCGAGCACUCAUAGAUCCAUGUUCGGAAGAGUCAUUUAUAUCAGAGGAGACAGUCAACAAACUACAACUCAAACGAACAAGGGUGGAGGGUCAAGUGACAGGGGUUGCGAAGAUGUCGACUCCGAUCAAGCACGCGGCGGAGAUACAAAUUGUGUCGAGAAUAAACGAGAGCUACAAGCUAAACUGCACCGCCUACGUGACGAAGGAAGUUACUGACAUAAUGCCUGUUACGAAGAUCAAUAAAGAACAAUGGACUCAACUACAUGGCUUGGAGUUAGCUGAUCCCACAUACUACAAUCCUGGAGAGAUAGAUUUGUUACUUGGUGUGCAUGUCUAUACAGACAUUUUAAUGAGUGGAGUCAUCAAGGGCAAACCAGGAUCACCGAUAGCGCAACAGACGUUAUUCGGAUGGAUAAUAUCAGGUGGAGCACCCGCCGAAGAGCACGGGAAAAAUGGAAGAAUUGUUAGCAUGCAUUUGAGUGUGAGCCUAGAAAACAUGCUGCAAAGAUUUUGGGAAUCGGAGACGCUAGAUACUGAGAGCAAAAACACUCUGACGCCUCUAGAGAAAAGAGCUGAAGAGAUUUAUGAGAAAACACUAGCGAGAGAUGAGGAUGGGAGAUUCAUUGUUGGACUACCAUUCGUACGAGAUACACCGAUUGUUCCUGAAAAUUCCCGUUCAAUUGCUGUCAAAAGACUAGAAUGUCUGGAGAGGAAGUUAACACACAACAGCAAAUUGAAAACUGAGUACGAUAACGUGAUUAAAGAGUACCUUACCUUAAAACACAUGGAACCGGUAGGCAAGCCUGAGAAAGAUGAGAAAACAGUCUACCUUCCACACCAUGCUGUGGUUCGCGAGGAUCGAGAGACCACGAAAGUGAGAGUAGUUUUUGACGCAUCCUGUAAAGGAUCUAAUGGAGUAUCUCUCAAUGAUGAACUACUGGUUGGACCGACUCUGCUAGAAGAGCUAAGAGACGUCAUCAUGAGAUGGAGACAAAACAAGAUAUGUUUUGUAGCAGACAUCGUAAAGAUGUAUCGACAGAUCAAAGUUCGAGAAGCAGACACUGACUAUCAGAGAAUUUUGUAUAGAUUCGAUCCAAAAGACGAGAUUCAAGAUUUCAGAAUGCUAACUGUCACAUUUGGCACAGCCUCAGCGCCAUUUUUGGCAAUAAGGACGUUAAAACAGCUGGCCAAAGAAGAAAAAGACGCAUUCCCCAUAGCAUCUGAAAUUAUAGACAGAGACUUUUACAUGGAUGAUGUACUUACAGGAUUUGAUGAUGUGAAGUCAGCAUUAGAAGCACAUGAAGAGCUGAACAAAGUUAUGAGCAAAUGUGGAUUUGAGUUACAAAAGUGGGCUUCUAACAGCAGAGAAUUUAUGUCGGCCAUACAACCUGAGAAGAGAGAGAGUUCAAACACAGUAGACAUGAGUAGAAAGAGUCAAAUAAAGACACUCGGAAUAAUUUGGAAUAUUGAUGAAGACAAACUCAAAGUUACACAAAAAGAGAUAAAUACUGAGAGUGCUAAACCUGUCACAAAAAGAAAUGUACUCGGACAGAUCGCUUCACUUUUCGAUCCGUUGGGUUGGUUAGCACCAGCAAUCAUGAAGGCAAAGAUGUUCAUGCAAAAGCUAUGGCUGGAAAAGCUAGAUUGGGAUGAGGAACUACCCACAGAUCUAAAAGACGAAUGGAUCCAGUACCAAGAAGACUUACCUGCGAUAUCAGCGAUACAGAUUGAUCGUUGGACUGGUUCUAGUAAAAAUUCAGCGAUCGAGUUACAUGGAUUUUCCGACGCAUGCCAGACAGGAUAUGCAGCAGUCGUGUACCUCCGAGUUGUACCCAAAGGUGGAUCACAAUGUCAAGUGUCUUUAAUUACAGCAAAAACAAAAGUAGCACCAGUUGUUAAACCGCUGCCUUUGCCACGCCUUGAACUAUGUGGAUCAUCGCUACUUAGCAAACUCAUGAAACACGUGAUGAAAGUUCUAAAUAUCGAGUUGCAACAAACCUACGCGUGGGUAGACUCCAAAGUGGUUUUAGCCUGGAUAAAAGGAGAUCCAAACCGAUGGACACCCUAUGUCAAAAAUCGAGUGAUUGACAUAAGGAGCAACUUAGACACACACUGGUUAUAUGUCAAUACAAAGGAUAACCCAGCAGAUCCAGCUUCCAGAGGUCUGUCACCCAGCAAGCUGAAACAAAAUCAGUUAUGGUUCAAUGGUCCGGAAUUCUUACGUGAACCUGAUUUCACCACACCCGUCGACUCCAUACCUGAAACAGAGUUAGAGAAACGCUUGUUAGUAAAGUGUAAGAUCACAACCAUAGAAACAGACUCUGAAAAGCUUACCUUACUGAAGAAAUACUCGUCACUGCAAAAACUUCUGGACGUGAUUUCAUAUUGUAGAAGAUGGCUGAAGAUCCUGAAAAAAGAAAAGAAUAUUAGUAAACAUAUAACCUGUGAAGAAAAAGAUGAAGCACUUACCUUGUGUUUAAAGAUGUCCCAAGAGAUAGAAUUUCCUGAAGAAAUUGAUCACCUGAAAAGUGAAAAAGCAAUUAAGAAAAGCAGUCGUCUACUGCAAUUCACACCUUAUCUGGAUGAUAAAGGUCUUUUGAGAUUAGGAGGAAGACUGAAACACUCAGAGUUGAGUAUGGAUCAAAAGCAUCCUAUUAUAAUAACAAAAAACAACGUAUUGUUACCUGUUUUGUUGGAUGAUGCUCACCAAACUUUGGAGGACUAUGGGAGGCCGGUGUAA